AUGGCAAACGCCGAGCCCGCCUUGGUCGCUCAGAUCUUCGAUCGUCUCGUCCACGGAUUUGCAGAGGCACGGCCUAUGCUGCCAACAUACCUACACCUCGUCGCCUCCGCCCUCUUUCCCAUCUACACCGGCGCACACGCCUCGCUCUCUCGUCCCUCCACAGCUGCAAAUCCUACGAAGAAGAAGAAGAAGAAGCAGAAGGCUCACCACCGCAAGGAUUCAGAUACCGAGGACGACGAUGAGUCAAGCGACGAGGACGAUGAGGAGGAGCAGCAUAGAAUGGAAGGUCUUUCGCCCAAGGAUGCCAUCCUGAUGCCAUUGUUUGCAGGCAUAGCACUUUCGGGGCUGUAUUUUCUACUGAAGUGGAUGAACGACCCAACGCUACUGAACAAGAUUCUCAACGCCUACUUUGCCAUCUUUGGCGUCUUCUCUGUUUCGAAUCUCGUCACAGACGUACUUGACAUUGGACACUCCAUCAUCUUCCCGCGUCGACACGUCAUAAACGGUACACUCUACCACAUCAAUAGCAAGGAGGAGAAAGCUGUACCAGUUUCAGGCAACAUCAAGGGUAGGCAGUUGCUCAACACACCUCUACCAGGCUUCUUGGCGAGCACACCGCUGAACAAGAGUCUGCGGAAGAUGGUGUGGAGCGAUCGAGCCAUGCCAGGAAACAAGUGGUCUCUGAAGCUAUACCUACACCGCGCACUCGCUGCCAAAUUUAAGAUCGGAGUUCACGGAAUCGUAGGUGCGCUGACUGGACUGAUUGUCGUGGCGUACUUCAACUUUGUCGACAAGCCAUGGUACCUUACAAAUCUUCUUGGAUUUGGCUUCUCGUAUGGUGCGUUACAACUUAUGAGCCCAACGACAUUUGCUACUGGAAGUCUGAUCCUGGGAGCGCUGUUUUUCUACGACAUCUACUUCGUCUUCUACACACCCAUGAUGGUAACCGUAGCCAAGUCACUCGAUGUCCCUAUCAAGCUUAUGUUCCCUCGCCCUGCCGAUCCCAAAGAUCCCACCUCACUUCCUUCUCACGCUAUGCUCGGACUCGGCGACGUAGUUCUCCCUGGUAUUGUGAUCGGGCUCGCAUUACGCUUUGACCUGUAUCUGUUCUACCUUCGCCACCAAAAACUCAUCCGCGCUGCAUCAGCAGAUGGAGCUGAGACCAUUGAGAAGGCAGAUUACGUCCCACUUGCGGGACGCUGGAGCGACCACUUCUGGACACACUCGCUGACUGGACGGCCGCUAUGGGCAAAGGACAGCGAUAAGCCAGAAGCACCGUUUACAUUUCCCAAGACAUACUUCAGGGCCAGUUUGGUCGGCUACGUGCUAGGCCUGCUGGCUACACUGGGCGUCAUGAUGAUAUGGGACCAUGCACAGCCGGCGCUUUUGUACCUUGUGCCUGGUGUGCUAGGUAGUGUCUGGUUGACUGCAGUGGUCAGAGGCGAGCUAAGCUUGAUCUGGAAUUACACCGAAGCCAUCGAGGAAGAGGAAGAUGAGCAGAAGAAGAGCAAAGACGGAAAUCCUGCUAACAAAAUAGGGGCCGACGAGACUGAGCGCGUCGCUCGAUCACAGAGCAAGGUUGCCGAGAACCUGACAGCGGACAGCGAGAGUGACAGCGAGUCCAGCCGUCCACGCCGAAGCAAACACAGCAGACCAGAGCGCGAGGUCUUCUCAUUCACCAUCGAGGCGCCAUCUAGCCUGAAGAAGAGCAAGGCAAAGAAGAAGCACACCAGGUCUUCUACUACCGAUGAACCUAGCACGGUAGUAAGGAAGAGUAGAACCGGUCGGGAGUCGAAGGUUCAGCCAGAUGUGGAGCCGGCCGGCAAGAGGCAGAGAUUGAGGUAA